GUUGCAUGAUGGGAAAAAUAGUCGACUUUCCGGGAGCGGCGUGAGGGCGACGGCCUAACGCAGAACUCCAUUUCCCGGCGUGCCUCGCGGCGGCCGCUCGCCUCCAAGGCCGGAGGCCGGUUCCGGUUGCAUCAGCGUGGCAUUGCCGGCGAAAUGAAACUGUUCGUGAGCGAGGGAACUCCGGGGAGUCUGCCCGUGCUGGCCGCGGCCGAGAGGGCCCGGGGCAGAGCAGAGCUGCUUGUCAGCACUGUAGGCCCCGAAGAGUGUGUGGUCCCGUUCCUGACCCAGCCAAAGGUCCCUGUCUUGCAGCUGGACAGUGGCAACUACCUCUUCUCCACUAGUGCAAUCUGCCGCUAUUUCUUUCUGUUAUCUGGCUGGGAGCAGGAUGACCUCACCAACCAGUGGCUGGAAUGGGAAGCGACAGAGCUGCAGCCAGCUUUGUCUGCUGCCUUGUACUAUUUAGUGGUCCAAGGCAAGAAGGGUGAAGAAGUUCUUGGCCCAGUCCGGAGAGCCCUGACUCACAUUGACCACAGCUUGAGUCGUCAAAACUGUCCUUUCCUGGCUGGGGAGACAGAAUCUCUGACUGAUAUUGUUUUGUGGGGAGCACUAUACCCAUUACUCCAAGACCCAGCCUACCUGCCUGAGGAGCUGAGUGCCCUGCGCAGCUGGUUCCAGACAUUGAGUACCCAGGAGCCAUGUCAGCAAGCUGCAGAGACUGUGCUGAAACAGCAAGGUGUCCUGGCUUUCCGGCCGUACCUCCAAAAGCAGCCCCAGCCCAGCCCCCCUGAGGGAAAGCCCAUCACCAAUGAGCCUGAGGAGGAGGAACUGGCUACGCUGUCUGAGGAGGAGAUUGCCAUGGCUGUAGCUGCUUGGGAGAAGGGCCUGGAUAGCUUGCCUCCCCUUAGGCCCCAGCAGAAUCCAGUGUUGCCUGUGGAUGGGGAAAGGAAUGUGCUCAUCACCAGUGCCCUCCCUUACGUCAACAAUGUCCCCCACCUUGGGAACAUCAUUGGCUGCGUGCUCAGUGCCGAUGUCUUUGCCAGGUACUCUCGCCUUCGCCAGUGGAACACCCUUUAUCUGUGUGGGACAGAUGAGUAUGGUACAGCGACGGAGACCAAGGCCAUGGAAGAGGGUCUCUCGCCUCAGGAGAUAUGUGACAAAUACCACACCAUCCACGCGGACAUCUACCGCUGGUUUAACAUCUCGUUUGAUAUUUUUGGUCGCACCACCACUCCGCAGCAGACCAAAAUCACCCAGGACAUUUUCCAGAGGCUUUUGGCACGAGGUUUUGUGCUCCAAGAUACUGUGGAGCAGCUGCGGUGUGAGCGCUGUGCCCGCUUCCUGGCUGACCGCUUUGUGGAGGGCGUGUGUCCCUUCUGUCGUUAUGAGGAGGCCCGGGGUGACCAGUGUGACAAGUGUGGCAAGCUCAUCAAUGCCAUUGAGCUCAAGAAGCCUCAGUGUAAACUCUGCCGAUCAUGCCCUGUGGUGAAGUCCUCUCGGCACCUGUUCCUGGACCUGCCUAAGCUGGAAAAGCGAGUGGAGGAGUGGUUGGGGAAGUCGUUGCCUGGCAGUGACUGGACACCUAAUGCCAGGUUUAUCACGCGUUCUUGGCUUCGGGAUGGCCUCAAGCCACGCUGCAUAACCCGAGACCUCAAAUGGGGAACCCCUGUACCCUUAGAAGGUUUUGAAGACAAGGUAUUUUACGUCUGGUUUGAUGCCACUAUUGGCUACCUGUCUAUCACAGCCAACUACACAGACCAGUGGGAGAGAUGGUGGAAGAACCCAGAGCAAGUGGACCUGUAUCAGUUCAUGGCCAAAGACAAUGUUCCCUUCCAUGGCAUAGUUUUUCCUUGUUCAGUCCUGGGAGCUGAGGACAACUACACCUUAGUCAGCCACCUCAUUGCUACAGAAUACCUGAACUACGAAGAUGGAAAGUUCUCUAAGAGCCGGGGUGUGGGAGUGUUUGGGGACAUGGCCCAGGACACUGGGAUCCCUGCUGACAUCUGGCGCUUCUAUCUGCUAUACAUACGGCCUGAGGGCCAGGACAGUGCCUUCUCCUGGAUGGACAUGCUGCUCAAGAAUAAUUCUGAGCUACUGAACAACCUGGGUAACUUCAUCAACAGAGCUGGGAUGUUUGUUUCCAAGUUUUUUGGGGGCUGUGUGCCUGAGAUGGUGCUUACCUCUGAUGACCAGCGCCUGGUGGCCCAUGUCACCCUGGAGCUCCGGCACUAUCACCAGCUGCUCGAGAAGGUUCGGAUCCGAGAUGCCUUGCGCAGUAUCCUCACCAUAUCGCGGCACGGCAAUCAGUACAUUCAGGUGAAUGAGCCCUGGAAGCAGAUUAAAGGCAGUGAGGCUGACAGGCAGCGGGCAGGCACAGUGACAGGCUUGGCAGUGAACAUAGCUGCCUUGCUGUCCAUCAUGCUCCAGCCUUACAUGCCAAUGGUUAGCGCCACCAUCCAGGCCCAGCUGCAGCUCCCACCUCCAGCCUGCAGUAUCCUGCCCACAGACUUCCUGUGCACCUUGUCAGCAGGACACCGGAUUGGCAUCGUCAGUCCAUUGUUCCAAAAAUUGGAAAAUGACCAGAUUGAAAAUCUGAGACAGCGCUUUGGAGGGGGCCAGCUAGAAGAGUCCUUCAAGUUAAAGGCAAAAGCAGCCCCCAAGCCAGCAGCUGAAGAGGCUGUUCCAACAGCCAGGCCACAGCAGAUUCAAGCGCUGAUGGAUGCAGUGACGAAACAAGGCAACAUUGUCCGAGAACUGAAAGCACAAAAGGCAGACAAGAACCAGAUUGCUGCAGAGGUGGCUAAACUCUUGGAUCUAAAGAAACAUUUGGCUCUAGCUGAGGGGAAACCCCUGGAAACCCCGAAAGGAGGUGAUAUAUAGGUACCCCCAUUUUCAUCCGAGGACAAGACCUCUUGCAGGUCCUCAUACCAGGCUUCCAGCUCCCAGCUGGACAGUGUCCCGAAGGAGAAAGGCAAUGACUCAGCUGCCAUCUCUGCAGUUGGAUCAGGUCUGGAAAAUGUACAUACUUGGGAUAAUGGGAAGUGGGUGGGACAAGCCCCACAUUCCGACAAUCUAUGCCACAGGCUGGCAAAUGGGUCUGCUGCCUGCUUUUGUAGAUAAAAGUUUUAUUGGAACACA